GGCAGCACUGGCCGAAAACGAACCGAAAAAUAAUCAUUACUGGUGCGCAGUUGUUGUUUCCACAGACGUGUCAAUUGUUUGUCUAAUUGCGCCAGCCGAAAAGCUAGAAAGAAACCCACGACGCCAAAGCACACAUGCGCAUUCCAGCGGACAGAGGAGACCAAGAACCCACCACCACCAGCCACGAAAAUCGCAAUAGCAGCCACCCAGCGACGCGGAGGAGGGGGUGGACUCCAGUUUUCCAGGGAGAAAGCGAGAAUCCGAGACUCUGAACCUGAGAAUCGAAUUCGAGUCCCAGAGAGCAGGCGAAGACGAAGACGACGGUAUUUGAGCCAACGACAUUCCGCUGCUCCGUCAGUUUUCAGAGGACCUUCGAAGUGGGCAGCCGAGAAUCCAAAAGUCUCCUGGCGACAAAAAAAAAUAAUCAUAAAAGAGAAAAAUAGAAUUCCAGAAAAAAGCUCAAGUGGUAAUUGGCCUGCGACUCAAAUUGCUUUAGUUGUGCAAAUACCAAAUAGAAAAUAACAAAUAGGCGUGUGUCCAUGUGGAAAAUCGAUCGAAUCGCAGAGUAUUUAUCGUGUAAUUGUGCCCAAAAGCCACGCAAUUCGCAGUCCGUUUUAUUGAUUUUCCCCACCGCCGCCUCGCCUCGCAACUGACGUGCAAUAAAAACCCAUUCUUUUCCCUUCCAUCUUGCCAACAACCCAAUCAACUUGGCCAACAUCCGCUUGCAGCGUGCAAAAUUCAAGUUAAAUGCGAGAAUUUACAUAACGCCGAGCGUUGAAAGUGAAACUUCUGUGCUGCGAACGCUGAACACUGAAAGAAAGGAAAGGAAAGGAAAGGAAGGCCCAUUACAGGAUAUUAUAUCUGUGUAAGAGUCCGGAGCGCAAGGAGCAGCGGGAGAGCAGUGAGAGAGAGAGCAGAAAGAGAGAGCGAGAGAGCCGAGCGUUGAACGUGCGCACGUUUUCCUUCCUGGUCAGGACACCACAUAGCAAACAGCACUCUAAUCCUUGAGAGAAUCAGGAGAAUCCAUCACCAUGUUUUCGGGCCUAACAAAUCAAUUCACCUCGCUGGUGGGCGCCGUCAAAGGAGGCGCUGGCGACGAGGAUGUCCCGGCGCCCACAGGAGAAGCGGCCGCAGCCGCUCCAGCCGCCGCCUCCACAUCCCUGGAGGCCACCUCGGCCUCCGCGGCCGUGGAUCCGGAGGCAGCCGCUGCCGCUGGCGGCGAAGGACUCGAGGGCGAGGAAGCUGGCAAGAGAAUUCCCAAAUCCGCCUCCCUGGUUGAUUCAUUAGUCAACGAAGCCACCGGAUGGUUGGGCAGCGCCAAGGGUUGGCUGGGAAACGCCUCGAUACCGUCGAUGCCAGCCAUGCCGUCGAUGCCAUCGAUGCCAGCCAUGCCAGCGAUGCCGUCGAUACCAUCGAUCCCGGGACUUCGCAAAGCGGGCGGAGCCGAGGGAGCCGAGGGCGCCGAGGGAGCUGCCGCCGGAGAGGGCGGGGCAGCCGCCAGCGGAGGAGCCGUGAGUGGUGGCGAGGAUGACGACAAGUCGAGGUAUAUUAGCGCCACGGAGGGCGCCGACUCGCAUCCUGCAUCGGGCGGUGGCACGCCCACCGGCGACGAGGGUCAAAUCGGACAGGGUAAGGGCGAUGAAGUCAAAAUUACCACAAAAGUAACACAGCAGGCCAAGCACUUUGGAUCCUUCUUGUCAUCGGCCAUCAGCAAGGCUGGCAGCAAAAUCAAGGAAACAGUCAAGGAUAAUACCAUCCUCGACUCGUUCAACAAGGAGCAGGAGGCCUUCGCCAAGGGCCAGGGCGGCCUGGGCAAUGGGGCAGCUCCCUGGAUCGGUCAUGCCAACGAGGCCAAGAUCAAGGAGGAGAUCCUCGGACUGUCGCAGGAUCGCCGCAACUUCGUGCGCGCCCCGCCCGCCGGCGUGGACUUUGAGUUUAGCUACGACACCGCCUAUCCCACGGCCAUAGCCAUUAUGGCCGAGGACAAGGCGCUCGAGACGAUGCGAUUCGAGCUGGUGCCCAAGAUCAUCACUGAGGAGAACUUCUGGCGGAAUUACUUCUACCGCGUCUCACUGAUCAUCCAGGCCGCCGAGUUGGGCACCCUGGGCGCCGAUGGCGUGGGCCAAGCCUCCAGCGGCGAAGAUGCCAACGAGGUGGCCGCCAAAGAGAGCGUAUCCAAGACUGCUGGUUCGCCAGCCAAGAGCGAUUCGGCCCAGAAAGCCAUUGCCGAGCAGCCGAAGGCCGUGAUAGAGCCGGAGGCCCAGGAGUCCGAGGUGGCCCAGGCCAAGUCGAAGGCUCGUGGUGGCAAGGGGCUGGGCCAGAAGAUCUCCGAAUCGGAAUUCGUUUCGGACGACUUCCAGGCCUCCAGCGAAUCGGACUUGGCUGAGAUCCAGGACGGCAUGCGCAAGCUGGGCAUCGAUAGCAUGACCCAACAGGCCUUAGCCACGACCGAUGAGGAACAAUGGGAAAAGGAUCUGGAAGCUGAACUGAAGGACUACGAGGUGGUUGACGAAGGCGGCACUGGCGGCACUGGAGGCAGGAGAGGCAAAAAGGAGGCGAAGGACGACGAGGACGCGGAGGAGGACGAACCGACAAUAUCAAACUUGCGCACACGCUCGACUAACAACGAUUGGGAGGAGUACGCCGAUUUAAUUGAGGAUACCGAUGAUUUAAAGUAAUUAAGAGCUUAUAUCGUAGUUUCUUCUAAGUUGGCUCUAAGUUUAUAACUAUCUUUACUUUAUCUUUCUUUCCAUUCCUUUCUAACCUUGUUUCCUCCUUGAUUGAUUACCCCCAAUAUUGUUACCCCAACCCAAAACCUUAAAAUACAAAAACAAACAAUCGAAACCACAGAACUUUGAAGUGCCUAAAGCGCACCAUGUUGGGCUAUCCAUGAGACGAGGCAGUCCCAGCGCUCUUCUAGUGCUGCCGGUGGUCCGCAAUCCCAGACAUAGCCUAUUGGAAAAGUUGGUUGAGAUAUUGAGAUACCCCA